AUUGAAUAGUAACGUAAGCAUGGGGCUUUGGACAAAUGUUUCCAGGAUGCCUGUCAUGCAAUGAAAUGGGCGCUGCGACCGAUGACUUGUGGGAAAGCUCUCGAUAUCAGGGCUGCUUCCGACUUCAACAUAGCUCGUUGGAACUGUCUGCGCUAUCAUGGCCAUCCUUCACUUCGUUACGACCUCUACAACGCCCUCAAGAGCGCACCAUCGUUGCUUACCUGAAGUCGCGUAGGGGCGCUCCUCGUCCACGAUGAGCGAAGACAAGCCAUUGCAAUCAGAGGGCAUCCUGGAACGCAUCCUCGUAUCGAUCUUGACGGACGAAUCGUCCGAUGACGCUCAACGGGUAGCUGAUCUGGCUCGGCUCACACAAGUCAGCCGGACGUUUUUCUUCCUUGCCGUGGAAUUGCUGUGGAGGGAGAUGCGUGACGUCCUUCCUCUUUUCAAAUUGUUCGCGCUGUUGUGUCCGAUCGCGGCCGAUGCGGACCAAGGAGCGGCGCAGACGUAUUGUCUACGUGGUCCCAUCUCCGCAAAGGAGUGGGACAGAUUCAAGCUUUAUGCUCAGUACAUUAAAUCGGCCGAGAUCUCGUCUCGGUCAUGGACGAUACAUCCUUCCGUGUUGGCACACAUCAGCCAACGAAACGACGGCGCACCUCUUCUACCUUUCCUUCAGGAUCUCGUCUGGACACAGCACUCGUCUCUUGACACAAGUCUAGAGAAGUUCGUAUCGUCGACCACGCGAAGUCUACACUUCAUCUAUGCCGGACAAGGCCACCCCAGAGGCGCGCAAUGCGACGGAACAGAUUUCGCGAUGAAGUUUCUGUUUGAGAGAGUCUCUGCUAGAGCGGCGUCUUUGGAGAAGCUCUGGAUCGAGGGACUCGAUCAUUCCUCCUCCGUGCUCCCGUUCUCCGUCUGCGAGAGUUUGAAUGCGGUCGAGCUCUCGCUCAAGGAUGAACUUGACCCGGACGUGCUGGGAAUGCUCGCUUCCCUCACCUGUCUCACAGAGCUCUGUCUCUGGAACCUCGAGAUGCGCGGCUCGGUAGCGGCUGUACAGCUUGCGGCGGUGAAGACCCUGCGCAUGAGCGGCGACGCUUCUUCGCUCACCAACUUCUUCACUUCCGUGUCACUUCCGGGAAUCGAAACCUUGGAAGCGCGCAUGAGCGCGCAGGAAACAGAGGGGUUCCGAUUAUGCUUCAUGUCUCUCGCAACCAGCUGCGCACAAUCAUUAUCCUCCCUCACCGUAAUUCAGACCAGCAGACCAGGAAACGCUGAUGAAGGGGCGUUCAACUUGCUCAUCAAGCCCCUGUUCCGGAUGCGACAAUUACACUCGGUCGACCUCAACCUGGAGGGCUGGUCAUUCUCAGUCACCGACGGAGACAUGCGGGAAUCAGCGGAAGCAUGGCCGUACAUCUCGACUCUAAGGCUCGUGUACGACGUCGGGCCAAACAAACCCCACAUCACGUCCCUCCUCCACUUCGCCCUCUUCUGCUCGCGACUGGAGUCCAUCCACGUGCCCUCGUUCUCGAUGGAUCGACGUCCACUCCGCCAGUCGUAUCCUAUCUUGUCGCAUGGAUUGCGAACGAUAUCGUUCGAGCCUUCAGACACCCCGAUCGCGGACCCCCGUAACGUAGCGCUGUUCCUGGAUCGCAUCUUCCCGAACUUGAAUGCGGGAGAUGGCGAGCAGCAGGAAGUGGGAGGCCCGGAGGACAGUGAGCAGCAAGAGGCAGCCGUUCCAGCCAGCAGUGAACAACAAGAGGCAGCCCCUCCGGUCGACAGUCCUCAGCAAGAGACAGCUGCUCCGGCUGGAAGUGAGCAGACAGAGACAGCGCCUCCGGUCGAUAGUGCCCAACAAGAGGCCGCUGCUCCAGCUGGCAGCGCACCGCAAGAGACAGCUGCUCCAACCGGCAGCACACAGCAAGAGGCAGCUGCUCCAGCUGGAAGUGAGCAGACAGAGACAGCCGCUCCGAUCGAUAGUGCUCAGCAAGAGGCAGCCGCUCCAGCCGGCAGUGAGCCGCAAGAGACAGCCCCUCCGGUCGACAGUGCUCAGCAAGACGCGAGCCACGAGAUGAAAAACGACUGGAUGGCAGUCUUGACGUUCCUGUCGGAUUUCCAGCUGGUGAGAGAACAUCAGAGGAUACGGGAGGGGCGGGGAUUGCUUCGGCCACUCAGGGACUUGAAGGGCGCUUCCUUGAUUCAGAGAGCUGCUUCUGGCAGGAAUGGCUCCCUAGCUGUGAAUUGAAUUGCUCGACGUGUGCGGUUCUGUCGGUCGAAGUCUUUGUCCGAUGUGAUCGUGGUAGUCCUUUCAGAAAGCUGCUUUGACCGAAGAAUGUUCAGACUACGCUGACGCGUGUAGCGUGUCCAACAGAACGGAAAAAAGCACAGCUGUAUCAGUGCAUAGGAAGUUCAACGUCGCAUAUGCCUGAUGGCAUGCCAGUUACGUGUCUCCUCUUGACCGAUUGAUAGUUUCACUGCAUUUCCCGCUCGCUUGAUUCCGCCACGAGACGUUUCUGUACCAUGCGUCGACACUGCAGAAUGAAUAUCGGCAAUACCUGCUUAGGCAUCUGGCCAACUCCUUACAUUAUGGUCCGGAAAACGUCAGAUGCCACAUCAUG